CCGAUUCAUCCGAUCACACACAUGUCAAGCGCUGCCCUUCGAGUGACCGAGACGUUGCAAAACGCCGCCAAGAUCAAGCACUACACGCUUGCCUUCCUCCUCCGCACGCGUGAAAAUGGCGCGAACGAGGUGCUCCUCGGGAUGAAGAAGCGCGGGUUUGGCCAAGGCAAGUGGAACGGCUUUGGCGGCAAGGUUGAACCGACCGACGCAACGGUCGCCGACGCUGCCGCGCGCGAAAUGAACGAAGAGGCCAACGUCCUCGUGCACGGAAGAGACAUGGAGAAGAAGGGCACCCUCCUCUUUACGUUCACCAACAAGCCCGAAGUGCUGCACGUCCACGUCUACCAAGUGACCAAGUUCGAAGGCGCGCCGACCGAGUCGGAGGAAAUGCGCCCGCAAUGGUACACGUACGAUGCGAUCCCGUACGACGACAUGUGGGCCGACGACAAGUUUUGGCUCCCGUCCGUCCUCGCGGGGCGCAACAUCAUUGGUCAGUUUGAUUUUGCGGCCGAUGAAACCAAGAUCCACGACUACGUCCUUGACACGGACGCCUCGCUCUUGGAUUUUUGAGUGGAUUGACGGCUAUAAGAGAUAACAUUGCAUACGAUUAUGACAGUAUUUGGAGG